CAUAGCAUUUGUGCUGUGACCGUGGCGGAGGAAGGUAUUGUGGUAACUGUGAAGGCAGCUAGCUGAUUGAGGUGUGAACACGUGUGGUUAAGCGUGACAUUUUUGUGACGCUUUUGAAGUACAAGCAGCUUUAGCGAGGUGCACAGUUUAUAACUAUUCUUCUAAUAAUAAAACUGCGGCUCACUCGUUACAGUUUUCUUGUGGUAAUAAGUGGGAGCAUUGCAUUGAAGCUGUCAACACAACUUUGUGUUUUCAGCUAUAACUGUUGAAACCUUCUUGGAGAAUGGAUUUGUUGUGCGCUGAAAGGCUGGCAGAUUGCAGAUUAGCAGAAAGGGAUCGUGUUAUAUUCGAAGACAUGAGAGUUUUGCAAAAUUUGUUGGAUUUGGAGACAUCGUACAUACCUACCUGCAAUUAUUUUGGCACUGUUCAGAAGGACAUUCAGCCUUUCAUGCGGAAAGUUGUGUCAACAUGGAUGUUGGAGGUGUGUGAGGAUCAGCACUGUGAAGACCAGGUAUUUCCACUGGCGGUGAAUUUCCUGGAUCGAUUCCUGUGCGCAUGUGCCAUAUCUCGCCGCCAGCUUCAGCUCUUGGCCGCAGUGUGCCUGUUGCUGGCCUCGAAGAUCAGACAGGGCCGUUCGUUAUCCGUGGAUCAUCUGUGCUUCUACACAGACCAUAGCAUAUCACCAGAUGAUAUGAGGAACUGGGAGUUGCUUGUUCUCUCUAAACUGAAGUGGGCCGUGACGGCAGUGACGGGUUUCGACUACGUGGACCAUGUGCUGGAGAGGGUCGAGUGGUCAAAAGAAAGCCCGUUGAUCCGCAGGCAUGCGCACAUACUCGUAGGCCUCUGUUACACCGAACCGGAGUUUAUCCAAAGCCGACCGUCUGUGCUGGCAGCGGCUAGCAUCGGCGCCGCUGUUCGUGGUCUCAAUCCGCCGUCAGCCGCCUCUGCACUGACUUCGGUUUGCGCCCUAACACACGUUGAUCCCGCUGCGGCGGAGCACGUCCUGUGCCACAUAGAGAGUGUCGUGGCAUCAGAGUCAGCAUCUCUGCAGACCCUGCCGACCGCUAACAACAACAAGGUCACUAGCUCCGCAUCCUGUUCCUCCAAACUGAUGUGUGUGGCUGAUGAGACAGGCCAGCCCGAGACUCCUACAGAUGUCCAGGACGUCCAUUUCUGAAAGAUAAGAGCUGCCACGGCGUGAGAAUUGACCCCAGUUUGGGCUUGUCACAUCAUUGAAAUUCAUUUUAUCCUGACGCCGUCAGAUCAGUAAAUUUAAAUGCCCUUACAUACAGUAAAUUUUAAUAAUUAAUCGUAACAAGUGACGUUUCCAUGUGGUAAUGAGUUAAUUACUGCAAUAUAACACAUACAUUAUCAGUGAUAAAGAGGUUACACCUUGAAUACCUACUAAACAGCGCUUGAAGAAUAAGGUCAGAAGACUAGAAGUUUCUGAGCUACUAAAAGGGGACAAAAUAAAUCUUCUCACAUGACCAGUCGUCUCAAUUCAGAGUCAAGAGUCCGUUCCAGAAACGUUCUCUAUUUUCAUCAUUGAUUCGGCUUGUAACCUGAUAAGAUUUUAUCACUAAAUUUCAUAUGACAAUUCCCAACAGUAUGUACUGUUUUAUUUCCAUAAUCCUGUCCAUGCUACGAACAACACUAAUUGUCAUGAAAGCAAACUCUUCGGCUGUGAGUAGGUUUCAUGUGUGACAUUCAAAUUAUACUUUUCGCGAUUGUCUAUAUAUAGCUCAAAUAAUAGGGGUUAAAAGUUACCAUGGAAAUAUAUAAGGCUUAAAUUAGAUCAUUUUUCAGCGAUAUGUUGAGGAGAGAAAGAGUUAGAAUGGUGGUGUUACAAAAGAUAACACUUUUUGAUACCAAAUAUUAAUUUACAUAUUAACGUUGAUAAUAUCAUGAAUUAGGUUACCUCGUGUUGAUCUCAGUAGCUUUCUGUGUGCCUUACUGAAAGUGCCUUACCCUCAGUGACGUCAGAAUUGCAUUAACAUGUGAAGAGAGUAGAACACAGGCAUUUAACAUUGGGUUCUGCUUAGAAGAGUUAGGAUCAUGCACCCAAUUUCUGACGUCCAUACUUGUCUUUAUGUAAAUAGAAUGUUCUUGGUUUAUUUUAUAGUAUAGAAAACUGUUAAGAAAAAUUGUAUAAGACUACAAAUGAUGUUAGGGGACAAGAUGUUUGCAUCUGGUUGAAUGAUAUGAAUUUAAAAUGCAGUUGGCCGAAGUUAAUGCGACCCCAGGAAUGUAUAACGAGCACCACAAUUUUGAAAUUCGAAACUGCCGAAAAGAAAUGCCCAUACACCAUUUGUGCAAAAUUUAUUGAGUAUUAGUUGACUGCCUGUGCAGGCCAGUUUCAUACUUUUUUUAUUAAAUCUUUCGUUAUUCUCAAACAAAAACUAAUUACAAUAAAUAAGGGCACUUGGGCGUUAGGUUCUAGUAAAAUUCCUAACAGAAUUUUAAGUUAAUCUGUCAGGAAGUGUUGAGGGGGGGGCAUUGUAUUUAGGCAAAUGUGGUGUAUUAUAUCACAAGCAUAUGAAGAGCCUUCUGCAGAAUAACUGAAUUCGCGUUGAUUGCCUCACUAAGAAAUAAAAGUGACGGAAGAUCUAAAAUGGAACUCCGUGGUACAUAGUUUGGCGAAAAAAUGGAGUUGUUCCAGUGUUUCAAUUUUCCCCUGCUUUUAUACAACCCGAAGAUACAUCUGUGUGUCUGUUGGGUAGACUACACCCUCAGACCGUGUUUCUCCAGUGUCAGUACAAAGGGAAAGUAUUUGAUUUGAAUGGGUCUUAACUAGCUCCGUGGAGCUGAGCCCUUCUUGAGAAGCCGCCAGUUAUGCAGUUACUCAAAAAUUUCACAAAAUAU